AUGUCAAGUUUGAUUCAUUUAAUACUGAUUUUGGUAUUAAACCAAUCACUGUACGUUGUAACAAACGCUCAGCAGGAUUUGGAAAUUGAAUCAGGUGUUUGGAAAUAUCCGACAAGUCAGUUCUCAUCAACUAAUUCGCAACCAUAUAUUAGUAGUAGUUAUAAUUUGCAAACAAUUCGUAAUUCUGCACAACAGGAAAACUUGUUCGGUUCAAAUACUAAUUCUAAUAUGAGAAGCCACAAAGCAAUGCCAUCAUUAUUCAAUUCACAUUAUGACUCCAUCAUUCACAUAACUCCCGAAGCAGUUCCAACAAAUUUACAGUUAAAUAACAAACAUAAUUGGAAUGAUAUAACAGAAGGAAGAUCAAUACCAAUUUAUAGAAAUAUUAUUUCAUCAAACGAACAGCCUCCUGUUGAGUUACAUCAUGGAUAUCGUUACUUUACACCAGCAAUUUCUUUCUCAAACAUUGAUAAUUUCAAAAAUGUUAUUUACAAUGAAUUGGGUUUGAGUGAAAGUCCUAGUGGUACCCGUAUCUCGAGCAGUCCACAAGGAUUUGCGUUGCAACAACCAGUAGCGGAAAUUGGUAACAACAUACGUUUUUUGACAGAAAAUACAAAAAGUAAAGCCGAAAUUUCAUCUCAUGAAACAAAUUUUGUAGGCUACCAAAACUCUCAAAACAUUACAAUUUUAACACCAGUUAAAAAUCUUACAUUUCCCUACAACUACUCCCAAACAAAUGGGUUAAAUAACGUAUUAAAAGGUAAACUGAAUGUUAACCAGUUCAGUUUGAGCCACAGACAAGUUACUGCAGAGGAGACGGGAAACCAAUUAAACAAAAAAUCAUCCUUUCUACCUAAAUACGACGGAGUUUUUAACUCAACAUCUAAUUUGAACGCAAGUGGGCAAAUAUCAGAAAUUAAAACACCAGAAACAUCAUUACAUUCAGAUAUACCUUUAAAUUUAAACGUAUCAAAUGUUCAACCUAAUCAGAAGGAAUUAGCAUUGAAUAUCCGACCAAGUAUAGAAAUAUUUCAAAAUACACAACCAGGCAACAUAGUAACACAAAGUUCAUCUCAAUCGCCCUUAAAACUGAGUGAUAUGGGCUCAUAUUUUCCUCAUUCAGAGUUUAACCAUGAUUUUAAUAAAGCGUAUAAUCAACAUAUUCAACAAUAUGAGAAUUUUGUUAAUAACAAACAAAGUUUACCAAAUCAUUCACACAAUAUUGGUCUUAAUAUACCUACGAUCUCAACAAUUUCUGAUGUUUCAAAACCUUCCGAUUCAUCUUACAGCGGAGUCUUUAAUAGGGUUUUACCACAAAUAAGCGGUGGUGGGCGUCCCAUUGAAGCCAUUCAUGAAAACUACCAAAAUUAUAAAAUUUAUCAGAGGCCCACACAAAAUAUUUCUUUGAAUAACAAUAAUCAAAUUUCCCCAUCGGAAUACGAGCAAUAUUAUGCUACUUCACAGCAACAGCACAUGCCAAUACAAAGCAUAUAUCAACAAAACAAAAUAGGAAAUCCUUCACACAAUAUUGGUCUUAAUAUACCUACGAUCUCAACGAAUUCUGAUGUUUCAAAGCCUUCAGAUUCAAUUUACAGCACUGCGAUUUAUAGACUUUUACCACAAAUAAGCGGUGGUGGUGGUGGGCAUCCAAUUGAAGCCAUUCAUGAAAACUACCAAAAUUAUCAAAAUCAUCAGAGGCCCACACAAAAUAAUUCUUUCAAUAACAAUAAUCGAAAUUCCCCAUCGGAAUACAAGCAACCUAAUGCUACUUCACAGCAACAGCUCAUGCCAAUACAAAGCAUAUAUCAACAAAACAAAAUAGGAAACCAGAUACAAAAUCAGAUUAACAAGGACUCAUCAACGAUAUUCUCUUCCCCGACUUAUCAAACACCCGAAUCAAAGAAACAAAAUAACAUAAUUUUUCCAACAAAUUUAUUCCUAAUUGAUUCAGGCAAUCUCGCAGCAAGGCUUCCGAUAGAGUCAAAUCUAUAUCCUUAUUCUAAAAUACACGAAACGAAUGGAUCCCCAAUGGCCAAUUCAAACGUUCAAAAGAGAUAUCCCGAACAUAGCUAUCAUCACACUUCUUUCAAUAAUAAUAUACAAAAUAAUGCUUUUAAAAUCAUUGAUGGUAAUAAUAUAAAUCAAAUCUACGCAGUUCACACAAAUAAAAAAACUCCUCAAAUUGAAACGCAUUCGAAUCAGUUAACAAAUAUUUAUUCAUUGAAACCUACAUUUGCAGUUAAUAAUGAGCACAUAGACCCUCGGACUUCCAACUAUAGAAUGAAAAAUUCUAACUACACGGCAGCCGAAGCACAGUCUGCUGAAUUUACAUCAAACAAAACACCAAUUACUUAUAACCCAGCCCAAACAUCUAUAGUGUUUCCCAAAUCAGAUGAAAAAAUACGUUUGCCUCAUUUGGUAUAUGGUCCUCCCACAUAA